AUGUAUUCUAAAUUUUCAUUAAACAAUUUAAACAAUUCUAAUUCUAUUCCUAUUAAAAAAAGAAAAUUAAAUUCUAUCACUAUUGAUAUUCAAGAUCAUUCAACAAAUUUUAUUUACAAUAACCAAUAUAAUUUAACUGAAAAAAUUAAUAA